AUGGAAAUUGAGGAUACUGGCGAAGUGGGUUUCACAGGUUUCCUUAGAAUGCAAAUUGAUCUUGAUGCAUCCAAACCCCUCCCUCCUGGCUUCUCCAUGCCUUGCCAAGUCACGGGCCGACGAAAAAUCCGUCUUCGUUAUGAAGGUCUAAAGGAGUUUUGUAUGAGGUGUGGUAGGCUAGGCCAUUCACAUGGCUAUGAGUUGGUACCAAACCCAAGGUUAGAUCUCGAUGGCUGGAAAUAUGAUGAAGGCAUGCGUGCAACGACGACAUCCAAGCGAUCAUCCUUUCUCUUCCAACCAAGAGUGAAGAAGUCCGUGAAUAGGGGUGUGGAUCAUAGCCACUGGCGAUACCGGUCGGAAAAGGAAGACGGUGGAUCUAUGGCUUCUCCGGGGAGACGAGCAAUCGUGAACCCCGAGGGUCUAGCGUGA